AAAUUGGAGGAAAAAGGAGGAGGAGAGGGAGAAGAGAAGAGAGAGGGAGGGAUUUGAGCCUGGUGUCGGUGUACGGUUUCAUUCGGAGGUGCCACUACUGCGGUGUCCUCUGAGCGCGCGAGCUCUGUUCCGUUGGAUGCUGAGAGAGCGAGAGAGGGAGAGAGAUAGGGAAACAUAUGUUACCCAUGCCAAUAAAGCCCUUAAAAUAUAAUUCAAAUGAAAUUGAAUUGAGAGAAAGAGCAAAGAGAGAGAGAGAGAGAGAGAGAGAGAGAGAGAGAGAGAGAGCGAAGAGCCGACUGUGGGGUACAGAAGCGUAGUUCUCACCACUAAGCUAACAGCUGAGACUGAACUGAAGAGAGGAGAGGAACCAUAUUCUGACUGAGAAAACCAGCUCACCUCACCUGCCGCUGGAGAAGAAGAACGGAAUGCUAUCUCUUUCUGGAGAUGUAACCUAAUCAGCAGCGCUAAAGGGAUAUACAGCCUAAUCACUGAAAACGGAAAUAUUUCCUUUCUUUCUCCAUGGUGGAUAUUAUGUAGAGCGGAGAAAGCAGAGAGCAGCAGUCUUGGGUAUAUUUUUGUUUUUCUGUGGAUUGUGUGUCUGUGUGUUUGGGUCGUCAGGGGAAUAGGGGAGCAGUGUGCUGCAUACUGAUCUGGUUUGGGGAAGAAUAAAGGAAUACCGGGAAUAUAACGGGACGGGAGCGCACGGCCAGAACAGCGAAGCUUCAGCGGGUUCAGAUGCAUGUGUAGGAGGCCCCAGCCAUGACGAUAACGUGUGAAGGUGGGCCCAGGGCCAGCGGUCUGUGUGUGUGUUCAGGCCUAUGGAGGCCACGGUCUCUCCUCCUGCUCUACACGGUCCUGGAGCUGGUUGUGGUCCACUCCAACCUGGUCCUGGGAGCUCUGGAGCUCCAGCUGGAUGAGGAGCAGCCAGCUGGGACCAUCGUAGGGGACAUCAGUGCUGGGCUACCCCCCGGCAUCACCGCCUCGCUGUACUUCAUCUCCGACCACGAGGGGACAGGUGUGGGCAGCGACCUCAACAUCGACGAGACCUCCGGGAUCAUCACCACGGCACGCCGCCUCGACCGCGAGCAGAGGGACCACUACAGCUUCAUCGCUGUCACCAUGACCGGGGUCACAGUCGAGGUGUCCGUCACGGUCAACGACAUCAACGAUCACGCGCCGGCGUUCCCCAAGCCAAAGGCGUUGCUGAAGAUCCCGGAGCAGACGGCGGUGGGAACACGGGUUUCUCUGGAGCCGGCGUCGGACGCGGACCGCGAUCAGCUGACCACCCAAGGAUAUGUGAUUAAGGAAGGCAAUGUGGGGCAAGCCUUCAGGCUGGAGACCAAGAGAGCUGCUAACAAGGUGCUGUACCUGGACCUGGUGGUGAACGUUGUUCUGGACAGGGAGAAGAGGUCUUCGUACAGCCUGGUUCUGGAGGCUUUCGACGGGGGGAGUCCCAGACGCACCGGCCUGAUGACCCUGGAGGUCUCCGUCACCGACAUCAACGACCACGCCCCCGUCUUCAACCAGAGCAGAUACCACGCCAUCAUCUCAGAGAGUUUACCACAGGGAAGCAACAUACUGCAGGUGUUUGCGUCCGACGCUGACGAGGGUGACAACGGUCUGGUCCUGUACGAGAUCAACCGUCGCCAGAGCGACCCUGACCGCUACUUCGUCAUGGAUACGAGGUCGGGGGUCAUCACUCUGAACCGUCCGCUGGACUACGAGCUGAAGAGAGUCCACGAGCUGGUGGUACAGGCCAGAGACAACGCCAGCCACCCUGAGGUGACCAAUGCCUUCGUCACCAUCCACGUCCGAGACUACAACGACAACCAACCCACCAUGACCAUCAUCUUCCUCAGCGAAGACGGCUCGCCGCGUAUCUCCGAGGGCGCCCAGCCCGGACAGUACGUGGCGCGCAUCUCGGUUACCGACCCCGACUACGGAGAAUACGCUAACGUUAACGUUUCGCUAGAGGGAGGCGAUGGGAAGUUCGCACUGACCACCAAAGACAGUAUUAUCUAUCUGAUCUGUGUGGACCAGGUGUUGGACCGCGAGGAGAGGGACACGUACGAGCUGAGAGUGAUGGCAACAGACGCAGGCACCCCUCCUCUCAGGGCUGAGUCGUCCUUUACUAUCCAGGUCACUGAUGUGAAUGAUAAUCCACCACUCUUCGACCAGCAGGCUUACAAACAGACCAUCCCAGAGGUCGUCUACCCAGGAUCCUUUGUGCUCCAGGUGACGGCCCGGGACAAGGACCAGGGGCCCAAUGGGGACAUCCGAUACAGCCUCCUCAAAGACAAAAAGAGCCACUCCGAUUGGUUCUCCAUCGACCCAGUGACGGGGAUCAUCACCACGGCGAUGGCACUGGAUUAUGAGUCGGAGCCAGCGCCCAGCGUGACGGUGGUUGCCACGGACAACGGGCGGCCUCCUAUGUCGUCGACGGCGAGGGUUGCCGUGGUGCUGCAGGAUGUAAACGAUAACGAGCCGGUGUUCUCUAGUAACUUCUACAACGUUACGAUCAAGGAGAAUACUGCAGCCGGGACCUGCUUCUUAGAGGUGAUAGCGACAGAUGCUGACCGUGGUUCGUUCGGCACGGUAUCGUACUCCCUAGGGUCUGGUUCUAGCAGCAUGGUACCGGCCCAGUUUACUGUCAACAAGGAGACUGGUCAGCUGUGUUCCAGCACCACACUGGAUCGAGAGCAGGGGUCAGGCAACUACGACCUCACUGUGACCGCUACUGAUGGGGGUGGUCAGAGUGCAUUGACCCGUGUGCGUGUGUAUCUGGAAGACGUUAAUGACAACCGUCCAUCUUUCUAUCCGGUGCUCUACACCGUGAGCCUCAGCACCCAGAGUGCCCCUGGAACCUCCGUCACCAAGGUGACGGCCAACGACCCCGACGCUGGGGACAACGGCAGGGUGACCUAUCGCACGGUGCCGGGAGGAGGCUCCACCUUCUUCACCCUCAACAAGGACACAGGUGUGAUCUCUCUCGCGCGGUCGCUUCACGGUAAGGCCAACACCCUGGUCUCCAUGGUGAUCUCGGCGCAGGAUGGCGGCGGUCUGACGGCGCCGUUGAACGCCCGUGUCAACGUGAGCGUGGUUGGCGGCUCGGUGGCGCUCCCUCUGUUCGAACAGGCCCAGUACUACUUUACUGUAUCUGAGGAGGUCCUCAGGGGAACUGAGGUGGGCAAGGUCCACGCUGCCACCAAGACUGGUCAUUCCCAGGACAUCUCCUAUUCCAUCUCAUCAGGUGAUCCAGAUGGUUAUUUCACCAUGGACUCUACCUCCGGAGCGCUCCGCUCCUCUGUCCCUCUGGACCACGAGGCCUGUCCCAGUCUCGACCUGGAAGUCCAGGCUCGCUACGGCUCGCCGCCCGCCUACGGAACCACACGCGUACGCAUCACCAUCUCAGACGUCAAUGACAACUCUCCCUCCUUCCUUCCAUCCUCCUCCGAAUCCCUCCUUCUCCCGGAGGUGACUAAGAUGGGAACGGUGGUGUACCGGGUUCAGGCCACCGACCGGGACUCUGGUCCAAACGGUCAGCUGAGUUUUGACCUGGUCUCGAUCGGCACGGGGGGCAGUAGCGGUCAAAGGAUGUUUGGCGUGGACCGGGGAAGCGGGGAGCUGAAGCUGAUUGGUGGUCUGAACUACGAAAGUGUUCCGCGCUACGACCUACAGGUGGUAGCUAAAGAUGGUGGAGCCCCCCAGCUCAGCUCUACCUUCACAUUAGUUGUACAUGUCCAGGCUCAGGAUGCGCAGGGUCCCGCUUUCGACACUCUAACCUACCGCGUGGAGCUACAGGAGAACACACCUCUAAACACACGCUUCCUACAGGUCCGUGCCCUUAACAGGGAGGCUGCUGGGAACGGCGUUGGCUCCGCCUCUUCCUCCUCCUCUUCCUCGGUGUCGUACAGACUGCAUCCGGACGGUGACGCGGCAGGGUUCGGGGUCGCCCCAGAUAGUGGGUGGUUGUAUGUUCGUAGCUCUCUGGACCGGGAGGCAAAGGACAUGUAUCUACUGACGGUGUUGGCAACCUCUGGGCCGGGAGGGCAGGGCGUGGCUGGGGCGGGCAGGACUGGCAGUGCCACGGUGAGGGUCUCUGUGACAGAUGAGAACGACAACAGUCCCCGUCUGAGUCAGGAGAGGGUGUUUCUGGCUGUGAGAGAGAACCUUCCGGCUGCUACGGGGUUCGGACGCGUGUCGGCAACCGACAGAGACGCAGGACUGAACGCCAGACUAACCUUCAGACUCCUGCACACUGACAGACACUUCCAGAUCAACUCACACACAGGUGAGAUCAGUACUAGGUUAUCUCUCGACAGAGAGCAGCAGUCUAGCUACCAGCUGGUGGUUGUGGUACAAGACGGAGGCACGCCCCCUCGCAGCGCUACGGGUACUGCCCACAUCACCGUAUUGGAUGAGAACGACAACGCCCCUGUCUUUAGCCACGCCCACCCCGACAGGGAACUGCUCAUACAGGUGAUGGAGGAAUCCCAGCCUGGCUCAGUCUUGGGGACAGUAACAGCUAAAGAUCCUGAUGAAGGAGAGAACGGAACACUCCAUUACUCACUGUCAGGUUCCAGAGUGGAGUGUUUCUCAUUGAACCCCUCUACAGGAGAGCUACGUUUCGCCUCCUCUCUGAGACACACUGAGAGGCUUGAUGAGUACAACCUGACUGUGUCUGCUUCUGACCUCGGCACACCUCCACACACCUCUACCUGUCCCCUACGCAUUCAGGUUGUGAACUCCAGUAAGUCUUCUGCAAAGAACACUCUCUCCAUGACUCUCAACUCAGUGGAGGGCAUCGCCCCAGGCUCUGUCAUUGGCUCUGUCCGGUCACAUGACCAGCGUGACACGCUGUCGUUGGACGGCCAGGUGACGUACGUGGUGGUGGGCGGGACGGACCGGAAGGGGACGUUCAUGGUUGACCGGGUUACGGGAGACGUGUACCUGGUCAGAGAACUGGACUAUGAGGAAGGGGAUAGGUACACUCUGCAUGUGGAGGUAUCAGAUUUCACGCUGGCGUACCCCAGCAGUCACAGAGUACAGCUGGACAUUAACGUCCAAGACAGCAAUGACCACGCCCCCCAGUUCACCGAGGACCCCGUUACCAUAGUGAUACCAGAGGACACCCAGCCGGGAGUCUCCAUCUAUACCUUCCAGGCUGCUGAUAAGGACGGCAGUGGUCCCAACAGCGAGCUGCUUUACUCGAUCCAACACCGCUGGCCUGACUCCCUUCACCUCCUGACCCUUGACCCUUCCACUGGGGUCCUGACCUUGGGUCAGAAGUUGGAUCACGAGACCACGUCCUCCCUCUACCUGGUUGUCAGGGCGACUGACCAGGCGGAGGACGUGUCCGAGCGGCGCUGGGGGUCAGUGACAGCCCGGGUGUUUGUGACGGACGAGAAUGACAACGCUCCCGUGUUCAGCUCAUCGUCCGCAGUCAGCGUCAUGGAGGACCAGCCUGUCGGGUUCGUGGUUGUGUACGUGAUGGCUCGUGACGAGGAUGAGGGAGAGAACGGACGAGUGUCCUACAGCAUCCAAUUAGGGAACAGCGAUGGACGCUUCAGCCUGAACCCCAACACCGGCUCUCUGUCCAUUCUGAAGGCUCUAGAUCGUGAGGACCAGGAAGUGUUUAACCUGACCAUCAUAGCUGAGGAUCAUGGGAUGCCCCAGCUGUCCACCAGUCAGGUUCUGUCUGUCCACGUGAUUGAUGUGAACGAUGAGCCGCCGGUGUUCCAGGGUGUGGAGCUGGAGGCGGAGGUCAGAGAGAACCAGGAAGCGGGAACCACGGUGAUCACCGUCACGGCAACGGACAGAGACCAAGGUUCUAAUGGCCAGGUGACAUAUGGAGGUGUAACAGAGGAAGGCUUCACCAUCAACCCUGUGACAGGGGUCAUCAGCACUACCAAGCCCCUGGACAGAGAGACUCAGGACCACUACACACUCACAGUGUAUGCCAGGGACGGGGGCCUUCCUCCUAACUUUGCCAAGGUGGUGGUGCGUGUGUUGGUGCAGGAUGAGAACGACAACGUGCCGGUGUUCGCCAGGCCCUGGUACGGCCUAGAGGUCCCUGAGGGCCAGAGCCCCGUGGAGCUGUGUAUUGUCAGGGCUGCUGACGCAGACACUGGCCCCGCUGGAGACAUAGAGUACAGGAUCACUGCUGGAGACCCGGACGGAGACUUCCAACUCCAUGUGAAUUCAGGGGCCCUGUCCAUGUCUCGUCCCCUGGAUCGGGAGCUACGGGCAGGGUACAACCUGGAGGUGGUGGCCCUGGACCAUGGUUCUCCUGCUCUGAGCAGCACUGCCACAGUGGAGGUGACGGUGCUGGAUGUAAAUGAUAACAGUCCAGCCUUCAGCAGCAGCAGCUACAGCGUAGACGUCUCGGAGGACGCUGCCCAGGGAACUCCAGUCUUAGAGGUGACGGCCACAGACGCAGACGAGGGUGAGAACGGGAAGGUUCUGUAUUUCCUGAGUCAUGAGGCGAGGGGCGCUUUCACCGUGGACGAAAACACCGGGCGUAUUACAACGGCAUCGCCGGUGGACCGAGAGAAGAGGGCGUCGUACAGCUUCCAUGUGUUCGCUGUGGACCUGUCACCUGCAGAGCCCAGAAACACCUCAGCUCAGGUAACCGUGACGAUCCUGGACAUAAACGACAACGCUCCAUUCUUCAUCCAAGACCCCCUCGUCGUCGAGGUCUCGGCCAGCCAAUCACAUCGGGUCCUGGCCACCAUGCGGGCCGAGGACAAGGACUUUGGCGCCAACGGCUCUGUGUUCUACCGUUUUGCCGGUCCGGUGAGGGGUUUCAGCAUCAACUCCCUAACAGGGGAGAUCCAGGGGACGGAGGGGAUAGACAGGCUGAAUCAGGCCCAGAGGACCCUCAUGGUGGAGGCUAUGGACCAGGGAACCCCGGCCCAGUCCAGCCUGGGGGUGGUGGUGGUCUAUGUGAAGGAACAGGUGUAUACAGGCAUCAGGUUCUCAAGGAACGCCAGAGAUGUCAGCAUACAGGAGAAUGCCGCCAAAGGUACGGCUGUAGCUCAGGAUCAGGCCCAGUACCCUGAUGGAACAAGGAGAGGGAUUAGCUAUAGCCUCUUCUCUGGAAACAGACUACAGGCCUUCAGCAUCGGCACUAGCACAGGUGAAAUCUGGGUUCAGAGGUCGUUGGGUCUGGACUUUGAGGACACUCCCCGACUCCGCCUGGUAGUGAAGGCUGAGACGGCUUCGUCCAGCUCCUUCAUGGCCGUUAACCUGAUCCUGCAGGACAUCAAUGACAACUUGCCACGCUUCCAGCUCCAGAACUAUGUAGCCUACAUGAGAGAGGCCCAGGGUUACGACAUGCCAAUCAUACAGGUGGUGGCAGAGGACGUGGACCAGGGGCAGAACGGUCAGGUGACCUACUCUAUCCAAUCAUCAGGAGGCAUGAGCGGCCUGUUCAAGAUCGACCCUGUCACAGGAAGCAUCACCACCGCUGCCAUCAUGGACCGAGAGAUCUGGACUCAGACCAGGCUGGUCGUCACAGCGACGGACAGGGGCAGCCCGCGAUUGGCCGGUUCGGCCACACUCACAGUGAUCAUCGUAGACCUCAACGACAACAGUCCAACAAUCCCUCUGCCCCGGGAGGUCCGCAUUCCUGAGAACACCCUGAUCGGCACAGAGAUCACCUUGGUAACAGGUAAUGACGUGGACUCCAGCCCGGCCCUGUCCUACAGCCUCCAGCUGGACGGGUCGUCCCAGGGGAAGUUUGGGAUCCACCGCUACAGUGGAGGUGUGUCUCUGACCGCGCCUCUGGACUACGAGGACAGGACCUGGUACACACUGACCGUCAUGGCUACUGACUCCCAGCACCAGACUGAGGCUAAUAUCACCAUACUGGUGGAGGACGUCAAUGAUAACGCUCCUGUGUUCACACACGAUCUAUACCAGGUAACACUGCCAGAACAUUCCCCGCCAGGCAGUCCCGUUGUCACGGUGACGGCGACUGACCGCGAUUCGGGGGAGAAUGGAAAGGUCACCUACACAGUGACGUCAUCAACGCACGGUGGCUUCUACGUCGACCCCAGCAAUGGCACCCUGUUCAUCAGGGAGAGGGCAGAGUUUGACCCAGAGAACCCGUCUGUCAGCGUGGUCAUCGCAGCCUGUGACGGGGGAUCCCCGCCCCUCUCCUCCGUCACCACAGUACAGGUCCAGCUAUCAGACGUCAACGACAACGCUCCUGUCUUCCACCAAUCAGAGUACAGGGCGACGGUGUUGGAGGACUCCAUCCCCGGGGCGACCAUCCUGACCCUGGAGGCCAUGGACGCUGAUUUCUCUCGGGACAACUGCGGCUUCGACUUCACCAUUGCCAAUGGCAACACUGGGAACGUCUUCCAAAUCGAGAGCAGCGUGCGCUUCCUGGAGGGGCGGGGCUUCCAGACCGUAGGGACCCUCCUAUUGGCCGAGGUGCUGGACUUCGAGGCCGUGCCCCUCUAUAACCUGACGGUGGUGGUGUCGGACAGAGGGGUUCCACAGCGAAGUUCUAGUGUUGCCGCGGUGAUAACCGUUGGUGAUGUAAACGAUAACCCGCCGGCGUUCGGCAGGGCGGAGUACGCUGUGUCACUGAGUGAAGGAGCGGGCGCCGGGACAGAGAUAAUACGACUCACUGCCACAGACCCAGACUCGGCCCCCAACGCAGAGGUCCAGUACAGUAUCAGCUCAGGCGAUGAGAUGGACCUGUUCACGAUCGACCAGUGGACCGGGGCGCUGCGGUUACAGCGACAGCUCGACCGCGAGCACCAGUCCUCCCACGUGGUCAUCGUCCAGGCCUCGGAUGGCCACGGUCACGUUGCCCUGACCCCGAUCAGCGUAGAGGUCAAAGAUGUGAAUGAUAACAGUCCGUUCUUCCCCAUCGAGACUCUGAUGGCUAGCAUCAGAGAGAACCAGCCGGUCAACUCAGCCGUGACCAUACUCCACGCCAUAGACCACGACACUGGGAUGUACGGCCAGCUGAGAUACUACAUGGUGGAGCGAGGUCAAGGGUCAGGAGUUACAGGGCGAGAGGCCUUCACCGUGGACCAGAGUUCAGGAGAGGUCAGGGCUAAGAUGACUUUUGACUUUGAGAAGGUCAACUCAUUUAAUUUCGUUGCUCUGGCGAUGGACGCCGGUAACCAUUCGGCCACGGUGACGGUCCAGGUGUACGUGACCGGUGAGGAUGAGUACGACCCACUCUUCAUCUCCCCAGAGUUCUCCUUUGAGGUUCCAGAGGGGGCGAAGAGGGGCCAGAGCAUUGGACAGGUCCAGGCAAACGACGAGGACGGAGGUGUAGACGGUAUCGUCCUCUUCUCGCUCCCAAGCUCCUCCCUGUACUUUGACGUCAACAAAACAACCGGGGUGGUUUUCCUCAAGAUGGACGGGUCUUCUAGUCGCAGCAGCAGCAGCGGGUUAGGGGGGCGGUCCAAAAGGGAGACCAGGACCAUGACUCUGGACGUUAACGCCCACAGCCCUCUGGAUACGUCCCGGGUCACCACGGCCCAGCUGACCAUCGAUGUGACCAACACGUCCUUCGGCCUCGGGGCAGACCUCAACGUCCUGCUGAUUAUCAUCAUCGCCGUAUCCCUGGGGGUUGUCGUGCUACUGGUGGUCAUGGCUGUGGUCAUUUUCCUGAUCAAGUCAAAGAGACGCAGGAAGAACAAAGGACGGGACAACAGUGCCGUUGCCUCGGGAACCAGUCUGCAGAAACUGGACGAUUCCAAAUCUGGAGGAUCUGAGAGGAUCUAUCAUCAGACGUUACCAGGGUACGCCGGCGACCGAGGUGGAGCAGGGGCCGGGCCCUACCCCCGGGGGGGUUCCCUUGACCCCUCACACUCCAGCGGGCGUGGCUCAGCCGAGGCGGCGGAAGACGACGAGAUCAGGAUGAUCAACGAGUACCCACGCGUAGCGUCCAUCUCCUCGUCCAUGCAGGAGCACAUCUCAGCCCGCGGGCCGGACUCUGGCAUCCAGCAGGACGCUGACCAGCUGUCGGACAUCUCCUGUGAGCCGGCCGCCCUGGAAGGAAGCACCUGGUUCAAAGGCAAGAAGCUGGGAGGGAGUCUCAGUGGAACCAUGCUGUCUGGACAGCUACCUGUCUACAGAGACGAGCUGGGAGGAGGGUACCUAGGGGUGGGGAGGGGACUCAAUAUCUCCCAUCCUAAAGAUUACGCCUUCCCAGAGGACGGGAAGCCCUCGGUGGACGGGUCUCUGACAGCCAUAGUGGCCAGUGACGAAGAGCUAAGGGGCAGUUAUAACUGGGACUACCUGCUCAACUGGUGCCCUCAGUUCCAACCACUAGCCAACGUCUUCACAGAGAUCGCCAGGCUCAAAGACGAGACAGCCCCACAGAACCAGACCAACCCACGCCAGCCCUUCCAGCCCAAAGCCAAGACGGACCCCAAGCCUCGCAUCGACCCACCGCCCCUCAUCACCGCCGUCGCCCACCCUGGGGCCAAGUCCGUCCCCCCGAAGGUCCCUGUCAUCGGACGCACCUUCCCCCACCUGGCCACCUUACGACGGUCCCCCAUCAGCCACGAGGGCUCCAUCUCCUCAGCAGCCAUGUCCCCCAGCUUCUCCCCCUCUCUCUCCCCCCUCGCAGCCCGCUCCCCCGCCGUCUCCCCCUUCGGAGUCACCCAAGGCCCCUUGACCUCCAUGAUCAGUACCAGGGAACCUUCGCUGGACCCCGACCACGAGAUGAGGAUCUGAGGAUGAGGUUGUUUUAGGGUUUUUACAGACGUUUCUAUAAUUUAUGUUUUAUCAUAUGACAAAGUAAAGGGUGCUGAGAUCUGGAUGUUAUAUCAGCUCCUAUGACACGUGAGGAAGUUGAAGGAAGUGUUUUUGGCUUUAGAGACAUGUUUCUCUGAUGUAGUUUUUUUUUAAAUAAUCUGACAAUGUGAUUGGUUCUCAGAUCCUGAGCCUUAUAUCAGCUCCUAGGACAGAUGAGGAGAUGAAGGAAGUGUUUACGGCUUUAGAGACAUGUUUCUCUGAUGUAGUUUCUCAGAUGAGUUUUCGGCCAUAUUUCUUCAUAACGGAAGAGGAAUAUAGUGUGGGAACAUUUUGUAUUUGUGCGACCGAGUGAUUGCCAAGAUGAUGCUCAAGAAGAUGUGAGAGGUCACAUUCACCCUCUUUUCUGAAGGGGACAUGUGGAUUAUCAUUUUCUACAGGAUGUAAUUUCUCACCCUAUGACCUAGAUAUCUCUCUAUGGAGAGGUGGACCAUGUUGUGGGGUUGGGGGAGGUUAGCAUUGACAACAGACCAGCCCUCUCCUCCCCCACUUGUACAUCAUGACGCAGGCCUCUGAGAAUUGCCACAGGGUUAGGAGAUUACCCAACCUCUCGGCUUCGAACAACCAUGACUUGGAUCCAACCCUGCAGCUGCAGACUGACCCUCCCUGCAGACAGAAGGUCCUCAGUAGAGAUAAACUGACGUAUCGGCUGCAGACUGACCCUCCCUGCAGACAGAAGGUCCUCAGUAGAGAUAAACUGACGUAUCGGCUGCAGACUGACCCUCCCUGCAGACAGAAGGUCCUCAGUAGAGAUAAACUGACGUAUCGGCUGUAGACUGACCCUCCCUGCAGACAGAAGGUCCUCAGUAGAGAUAAACUGACGUAUCGGCUGCAGACUGACCCUCCCUGCAGACAGAAGGUCCUCAGUAGAGAUAAACUGACGUAUCGGCUGUAGACUGACCCUCCCUGCAGACAGAAGGCCCUCUGUCAUGAAGUCUGUAGACACAGUAGAUUUUCAGUAGUUUUCAGGUCACUCCUCGCUGGCUGGUCAGAGAGAUAAAGGAUUCCACUAUUCCUCUCUUUGACAUCCGUCUCUUUACGUUCUAGAUCUCAAUUAAAGACUUCAGUAUUCCAUUGUGGUGGUCUCACAAACAAAAUGGCUGCUUUCAAAAUGGCUGACGUUUCCCCUUCUGUGGAUCCAAUGGACCAAGUACACGUGUGUUGAAAAAUACAUUAUAAACUAGCCAGUGUUUUGUACAUUGGAAACGGGGACUGAGGCUAAUGUUUUCCUUUGUUGCUACGGAAGACGUAUUAUUUUCUUUUGGUUGUAUUUUUUAUCUAUUUUUAUAUUGACCUUUGAUUUCUGAUUUGAAAUGCCAGGAUAUCGUUUCAUUCUAUUUAGAUAUAUGUAUAUUUGUAUGUAUGUGUAUGUACGCUAGCCACAUUAUCUAUGUGUUUUCCUGUCAUAGAUUUUAGAGCCACCGUCUUGUGUCUUUGUGGACUCGUGACAUUUGUGACGUGAGUGAGUGGGGAACAUUUUGUGUUUUGAUAAUUAUUUAUAUGAAGGAAAUUAACUGUUGGCCAUGUUGACAGCAGGCAACCACGUUCACUUUUCACCAUGCUGUAUUGUAUCUGAAAAAAAAAAAAAACGUUUUUUUUUUUUUUUUGUCAAAAUGAAAAUCUUCUCAAAAUCCCGGCAAAGACGAUCAGAGAUCAUUGGUCACUGCCUUCAAACUCUGUCACCAAAACCAGACCUGUCCUCCUUGUUAGUAAACUGUUAUAACUGAUAUGUAGCGGAGGUGAACCCGGACUCACGGUUCUUGUGAUGGAAAUCUGUGUCACCCCAGGUCCAAGAGGGAAUGUCCUCUUGGCUUAACGAUUAAGAUGUUGGUUUUCCAUGUUGGAGACCAGGGUUCAGAUCCCGCCUGUGACAUAUACACUAGACUCAGUAUAAGUAAACUGGCUUACACUGCAGAACACAUUCUCUCUGGAAUUAAUGGAGAAUUCCAUUUCCUGUUCACCUCUUGUGUCUUUUGUAUGAAGUGCUUCCGGCUCAACACAAAGGUCAAUGAUGUGAUGUCAUCGCUCCGUAUGAUGACUUGUAACUGUGAAGUGGUUCAACUUCGUACCAUAGAAAUACAAUGCAUAGAACAUAGAUUGUAGAAUGGUUAGAAGGUUUUACACAACUACUUUUAAAGGUAGCAGCACAAUAAUUUAACUUCAAUUAGACCUGUCACGCUCCCAAAUGGUUGCUUUCAAAAUCAACAUACUGUGUGUUCUAUCUAUGCAUUCUAUUUCUAUGGUUUCAGUGCUACAGUUCUAGAUCUGUUGUUAGAUGUAUUUUACCAGGAGGUAGGGUAGGUAUAGAGGAGGUUAUUCAGGGUCCAUGUGUUUCUCUCAUCACCACACCCUCUGUGUCCUCUCUGUGUCCUCUCCACGCUCCCAUUGUUUGGGCUCUGUCCUGGACAUCUGUUAACCUAGCAGGCCAGAGGCACACAGCUUUACCGCAACACUAUAUGUAUCCCAAAUGGCACCCUAUUCCCUGUAUAAUGCACUACUUUUGACCAGAGGGUUCUGACCAGAGAGUUCUGACCAGAGGGUUCUGACCAGAGGGUUCUGACCAGAGAGUUCUGACCAGAGGGUUUCUGUUCAGAGUUCUGACCAGAGAGUUCUGUUGAGAGUUCUGUUCAGAGGGUUCUGUUCAGAGAGUUCUGUUCAGAGAGUUCUGUUCAGAGGGUUCUGUUCAGAGAGUUCUGACCAGAGGGUUCUGACCAGAGGGUUCUGUUCAGAGGGUUCUGACCAGAGGGUUCUGUUCAGAGAGUUCUGUUCAGAGAGUUCUGUUCAGAGGGCACUAUAUAGGUAAUAUGGUGCCAAUUGGGACACACAGACUGUCUUCUCCAGUAUUACCCUUCCUGUUGUUUAGUUCAGUCUGUGUUGAGUCAGUAAGGGGUGAUCAGCAGCAAUGUAAUGCUCUCCUGUUCCUCACAUGCUGCUUUCAAAUCAACUGGGAACUCGGAUCCUCGGAAAUCUCAGACUUUCGAAUUCAGUGCGUUCAAAACAACUGCGAACUCUUCAAAAAAAACAUCUCCGAUUGCGGAAAAAUUGUUUUGAACGGUUAUACAACUUAGAAUUCCAAGUCAGAAACUCGGGCAUCUUUCUAGAGCUUUGACUUUCCGACCUGAAGAUCACUGACGUCAUGAUUUUACAUAGGUUUUUUUUCCCCCGAGUUACCAGUUGUCUUGAAUGCACCAUAAGGGAUAGUUUGGUUAACUCUGCUGUGCUGCAUGCCUGAUGAUAUAAUUUUACCAUACCAACAACUGUCUGCUUGCCUCUCGCUAACCUGCCUCUAACUCUGUCAGCCCACUAAACGGGCGGCAGGAAGCCUGGUGGUUAGAGCGUUGGGCCACUAACCGAAAGGUUAACCCACUGUUCCCCGGUGAGCCGUCAUUGUAAAUAAGAAUUUGUUCUUAACUGACUUGCCUAGUUAAAAUAAAGGUUACAUUUAAAAACAUGGGAGGAAUCCUGGCCUCUCACUAACCUGGUCAGACCACUAAACAUGGGAGGAAUCCUGGCCUCUCACUAACCUGGUCAGACCACUAAACAUGGGAGGAAUCCUGGCCUCUCACUAACCUGGUCAGACCACUAAACAUGGGAGGAAUCCUGGCCUCUCACUAACCUGGUCAGACCACUAAACAUGGGAGGAAUCCUGGCCUCUCACUAACCUGGUCAGACCACUAAACAUGGGAGGAAUCCUGGCCUCUCACUAACCUGGUCAGACCACUAAACAUGGGAGGAGCCUGGCUUCAUGGCAGCAGACCGUCAACACAGUGCCAUUGUGUCGUCUCACAAACAUAUCUGAGUUGUAACGCCUCCAUGUUGUAGUUCUCUCGCUAUGAGUCCCAAAUGGCACCCCAAUCCCUGUAUAGCCCUAUUCAAAAGUAGUGCACUAUAUAUAUAUAUAUAUAUAUAUAUAUAUAUAUAUAUAUAUAUAUAUAUAGGGAAUAGGGUGCCAUAGGGCUCUGGUCUAAAGUAGUGCACUAUAUAUAGGGAAUAGGGUGCCAUAGGGCUCUGGUCUAAAGUAGUGCACUAUAUAUAGGGAAUAGGGUGCCUUAGGGCUCUGGUCUAAAGUAGUGCACUAUAUAGGGAAUAGGGUGCCAUAGGGCUCUGGUCUAAAAUAGUGCACUAUAUAGGGAAUAGGGUGCCUUAGGGCUCUGGUCUAAAGUAGUGCACUAUAUAGGGAAUAGGGUGCCAUAGGGCUCUGGUCUAAAGUAGUGCACUAUAUAGUGAAUAGGGUGCCAUAUGGGAUUCAAAAUUGAAGACUGCUGCCAACGAUUCAGCAGCACACAGAACAGAAAUCGUCUGUAUAUGUAUUUGAAAAAGCAGAGAAUAAAUGGAGUCUCUUUUGACAAA